AUGUUUUCAAUGAUUAUUAACACCAGUGAUGGUUCUUUUGUUUUCCUCCACAGACUCCUGAAGAUGUAUAAACAGUACACCUCAGUGAGCCCCACUGAAGACGUCAGUGUGAAGACAGAGAACGGACCUCAGCCAAAGAAACAUCGGUAUGUCCGCAAAGAGGGAACCUGUAACGUGGUGUUCCGGCAUGUUCCCGAGGAGUGGCUGCUGUUUGUGACCGAUAUCUUCACCACCCUGGUGGAGAUAAGAUGGAGGGUCAUGUUCCUGAUCUUUGCCCUGUCUUACAUCCUCUCCUGGCUUUUCUUUGGGAUCCAGUACUGGGUUAUCGCUCUUGCACACGGAGACAUGCAAAACCACACAAAUGACCCCUGCAUGUACGAAGUGCGCAGCUUCACAGCUGCUUUCCUCUUCUCACUAGAAACCCAAACCACCAUCGGCUACGGCUCCAGAGGGAUGUCUGAGAACUGUAUGAUCGCCAUUAUCAUUGUAACCAUACAGGAUGUCAUCAGCUGUUUCAUCGACACGUUUGUCAUUGGAAUUGUUGUUGCCAAAAUGGCCUCUGCCAGAAAGAGGGCCCAGACGGUCGGCUUCAGUAACUGUGCGGUCAUCAAUCUCCGGGAUGGGUUCUUGUGUCUUUCGUGGAGAGUUGGAGACUUUCGCAGGAAUCAUCUGGUUGAAGGAACUGCUCUCGCUCAGAUUGUGCGCUCCACUGUACAUGCAACAGGGAAAGUGGAUGUGUCCUACGAAGACCUGGUCAUCAAACAGAAGGACGUCAUCCUGGUCACACCAGCCACCAUCUCCCACAGGAUCGAACCUGGCAGCCCCCUGUUCAAGAUGAGUCUGGCAGAUCUGCGGAAAGCAGACUUUGAGCUGGUGGUGUCUUUUACCUACACAGACGAUUCCACAGGUAUGCUGCACCAGACCCGAACCUCGUACACUCCUGCUGAAAUCCUCUGGGGUCACCUGUUCCAGGAGAUGAUCCGGGUCAGCAGGAGGCACUACAGGGUGGAUUACACCUUGUUCAAUCAAACUGCCAAAGUUCUGGUUCCGGAGGUCAGUGCUGAGGCGUAUGAACAAAAGAAGCAGCUGAGGCCAUCUCCCAGACACUCGCCGCGACACUCCCCACGACUCUCCCCUCGCCACUCACCUCGCCUCUCACCUAGAUCCUCUCCACGACCCUCCACAAAGUCCCAGCAAAACCACGAAGAAAAACAUCUAAAACCACCAAAGGUUACGGUGGAGAUGGUAAAUGACGGUCGCCCUGAUGCAACUGAUUCCACAUCUGAAGCAGGCGGUCAAGAGCGAAACACUUUGACUCUGCCUAAUGACCUGACAGAUUCAGAAAAGUAA